CCUGCGGCAGGUUAAUGAUUACACUGCUCUGCACUGUGUGUGUGUGAGAGACAGUGAGUGGCCUCGGGUGUUGUGGUGAACGGACAUGUCGGAGCAACGAGUGUGUGUGUCGGACUUUGAGAAGGAAGCCAGGAAAGUUCUUCCUAAAGCUGUAUAUGACUACUACCGCUCAGGGGCUGAUGAGCAGAAGACACUGGGCGACAAUGUGGCUGCCUUCAACAGGUGGUAUCUUGUCCCCCGGGUGUUGAGGGAUGUGUCCUCAGUGGAUCUGUCUGUCUCUGUGCUGGGACAGAGGCUCAGUAUGCCUCUGUGUGUUGCAGCCACAGCCAUGCAGAGGAUGGCUCAUCCUGAGGGGGAAACAGCUACAGCAAGAGCAUGCCGAGCAGUGGGAACAGGGAUGAUGCUGAGCUCCUGGGCCACCUCCACCAUAGAGGAAGUGAUGUCAGCGAUGACAGCCUCAGCGCAUGGGGGGGGCGUCCUGUGGCUGCAGCUCUAUAUCUACAAAGACCGAGAGCUCACGCUGUCGUUGGUACGCCGUGCAGAGGAGGCGGGCUAUAAGGCUAUCUUUGUUACCGUGGAUACGCCAUACCUGGGGAGGAGAUGGGAUGACAUGCGCAACCGCUUCAAACUGCCCCCACACCUGAGUAUGUCUAACUUCUCCACAGCCUCCCUGGCUUUCUCAGAGGGUAACUAUGGAAACGACAGUGGUUUGGCUGUUUAUGUUGCCAAAGCCAUUGACCCCACUCUCUGCUGGGAUGACAUCAGCUGGCUGAAGAAACACACACAUCUGCCUGUGAUCGUGAAGGGAGUAUUGAAUGGUGAGGAUGCUGUGCAGGCUGUGAACCAUGGAGUCAGUGGCAUCCUGGUGUCCAAUCAUGGAGCUCGACAACUGGAUGGAGUUCCUGCUACGCUGGAUGUGUUGGAGGAGGUGGUGCAGGCAGUGCAGGGUCGCUGUGACGUCUACCUGGACGGAGGAGUGAGGCGAGGGACGGACGUCCUGAAGGCUUUAGCUCUGGGGGCCAAGGCCGUCUUCAUCGGUCGACCGGUGCUGUGGGGCCUCGCCUGUCAGGGGGAACAGGGAGUUAUUGAGCUCCUGGAACUUCUCAAAGAGGAGUUGCAACUGGCUAUGGCACUGUCAGGUUGUCGCUCUGUGUCUGAGGUGAACAGGUCUCUGGUCAGGAGAGCGGACUUCACCUCCAGGAUGUGACAGAAGAAUGUGUGUCAGGAAUCAAUAAUCAAUACAUCCCUGAAGGAUCACUGGACGUGUCUGUGUGUCAGAUGAAUGUCUGUGUUUUGGUUUUCUCCUCUGGUUUCUGCUGAGCGUGUGCAGACAGCUGUUUGAUGUGCUGUCUGUUUCUAGAGAAACUUUGUCACAUCUGAGAAAAUUACUCAAGUGACAUGACUACGAUGUCAAGUUUAAUAAAUGUCUAAUGAAAGACCGA